UUCGUAUUAUGUACGUACUUACUACUUACUACUACAUUGUAGGUACACAUUCAUUGUAAAAUUAGUGGUCGCUUGUAAAUAUCCAUCAGUGUUAACUAAUUCAAAAGUAAAUAUGUGUAAAUAAUUAGUUGUACUUUUAAUUUCUUAUAUAAUUUCAAGAAGACACUUGGGUUAUCGAGAUAUUGUUAAAAUUGUAACUUUUCUUAAGUAUUAGUGCGAAGUUACGUACUCAAUCAAACAAUAAGUUGCGUCAUAUAAAAAUAGUGUUUAUUAUUUAUUGACUUUGAAACCUAACUCUACUAGAAGUGUGAAUUUCUGUAACUGUGUGUCUGAUAAAUUUAAAAAUAGUGUUGUAAAUAAUUUUGAUGAUAUUAGACGAUUUUUGGGAUAUGCCUCCUGUUAAACGCGGGAGACGGGGAGUCAGCGACGCUGAUGAUGAGGACGAUGAUUACAGAAAGAAGCGAGAUCGAAAUAAUGAGGCAGUGAAAAAAAGCAGAUACAAAUCAAAACAGAGAACUCAAGAGACCGUUGUGAGAGUGAAUAAAUUAAAGGCUGAAAAUCAAAUGUUAGAAGAGAAAGUGAAAACGCUGACUAAAGAUCUCAAGUUCCUUAAGGAUCUAUUCAUGGAAUACGCUUCUAAUUCACAGAACCCAAAAUUUGAGGGCAUCGACCUUGACAAGCUGCUGGAAGAUGUUCAAGAGGAAAAGAAAGAUAAAGAUAGCAAAUAAUUCUACAUCAUCAUCAUCAUAUAAUAUAAUUUAUAAUAGAAAUAAUUAAAUGUUAAAUCUCAUGAAAAAUUUUAGUAGAAAUAGUUUUUCACUACUUCUAUUAUUAUUGUAGAAAUUAAAUCAAUUGUUGAUAAUCGAUUUGUAGAGUAAUUACAGCAACUAUACUUGAACCAAAACGAUAUGCAUUUACUAUCCAAUAUAACAGGAUUAGAAUGGAUUGUUUUGGAAUAUUUUUCUUCAUAAGUCACAAUAACUUUUAAAUUUUUUGUCCGAGCAUGUUUUAAUAAGGUACAAUAAGUAAGACUAUUUUGUGGACUAAGUCCCCAAUUUGGCUCAAGGUACAAAUGUGUGAAUGUGCUUGGUUUUAUAUCGUGACUACCACAAAAUGUAAACACAAGUAACUGAUUUUAAUGAUCUUGACACUACCAUUAUCCUUGGGUGUGUUGCCAAUUGCCAUACAUUUUGAAACCUUCGGUCAGAAUCAUUAUCAGUGCUCAUUUCAAAAUCAUUGUGUUCUCUUAAAGCAAAAAAAUAAUAUUUUUUAUAACUACAUAUAAUGAAACCUUAUUUUGGGACAACUUUCAACAUAUACAUAACUCCUGGAAGUUGAGUCUUCAUCGUUAGAUGGUUUUUGAGUGAGAAAUAAAUUAACAUCAAGAUGAUGAUUACUAAGGACAAGAACAUUUCAAAGAAAAUCUUCUAUGUAAAUUCAAUACAAUUUUCUGUUCUACCAAACAAAUUAGUUAAUAAAUUCUUUUGGUGGUGUAAAGAGGUUAGGUAUAGGUAUAGGUUGUAAUUGUCAGACAUUUAUUAUCUGUGAUCAAAAUAUUCUGGUAUGAAUUAAUUUUUUUAGAUGUUUUUUUUUUUUUAUCAACGUUAAUACAACAUAAUCUAUAGAAAUUUUACUGUAUAGGGUAAAUAAAGAAAUUAUAUUGUUUAUAUUUUUGCAUUGCAUAGUUGUGAUUAAGAUAUUUUUACAAUAAAAUGAUUUUAAACA